AUGGCAACGCUGGAAUUGCAUGUGUUUGAGUUGAAUGUCACCAUCACUACAGUCAGCGUCUUCUUCGCGUUGAUCAUCAACAGCCUCAUUUUCACCACCACCCUCUUCAACACCGUCAUCUUCACAACCACCAUCAUCCUCUUCAUCACCUGCAUUUGCUUCGUCAUCAGUGUCAUCAGCGUCAUCCUCACCAUCUUCAUCAUCGACCUCAUCUUCAUCCAUCCUCACAACCAUCCGGCUCACUUAUUUACAGUGGUCCUGAGUGAACACAACCUACAUCAGGAGGAAGGUUUUGAGCAAAGGUUCAAUGUCUCCAAAGUCAUCGUCUACUACCUGUACAACUACAGGACCUUCGACAAUGACCUUAUGCUGGUCAAGCUCGACCGACCCGCUGAACUGAACUCCAGGGUCCAGCCUGUCACCAUGCCGACCGAGAGCACGCCGGAGAUGGACCGUAGCACCGGGUGCUCGGUCAGCGGCUGGGGGCUGACGAGGGUGUACAACCAGUUCCUGUCUCCCGUGCUGAGGGUCGUGGCCGUGGAGUUCAUUCCCAAUUGCAAGUACUACUACUGGUUCAGGAUCACCGACAACAUGAUCUGCGCGGGCUCGCGCUUUGGCGGCAAAGACUCGUGUCAGGGCGAUUCUGGAGGUCCGCUUAUCUGUAACAAUAAAUUUGAGGGCAUUGUGUCCUGGGGCAUCAGCUGUGCACACGCUUAUUAUCCUGGUGUCUACACCAAGGUGCGAAACUACCUCGACUGGAUCAACUGGGUCGUUCAGUACGACGCCAUUACGCAGGCCUAAUAUAAACGACUUGAGGAGGGACUUUCCUCUGUUACGGAGUUUCAAUGUCUCUACACAUGACCCCUGCCAGAUAUGCCAAUAUAAAAAGUACAGCAUUGAAUGUUAGUAUUUUCUUUACACAAAUGAAUGGGUACAUGGACAUCAUUUCUACACGAAAUAGGCAUGCAUAGGUUUUCGGUCCCCAAGCAGAAUCAUCGAGACAUUAAAAGAAGGUUGGAAAAUAAUAUGCCUACGUUCUUUUGAUUUGAUCAUACGUUCCGUUCAGAGAGUUGUACCAUCAGUGCAACACUCUCCAACACAAAUACAAACCUUCAUAGGGUUUAAGCAACUUUAUACAUUGUUGAAACGAUCUACAGGGGAGAGCCGGGUCGAUUGAAACACGGGACGAUUGAAACACAGCGAUUUCCUCGACAACCAGGCAAGUCUUUCACUAACGGUGCGGCCACACCAAACGCGUUAAGGCCUCCACACACCGGCGCCGACUAGCCGCGCGGCAGCGUUCCGCGCCGCGCCGCCCAACUACUCUUCGAGACAGUGUUCUAUUCCCGAGCGUCGCCGCCCCUGAAAAAGCGCUUUGUAAAAGCUGGUUUGUACAUCCCGGGUCCCGUAGGCACCUCCAUAUCUACCCCUCACCACUAGAUGUCGCCCUCUUUCGUUUGUGAUAAACAAUUACGAGAAUGGACGAUGAGAGACUGGUCGUCGAGGUGGAAAAAUAUGUCGAAUUGUAUGACCAAAGUUCCCGUCAUUACAAAGACAACUCCAAAAAGGUCAUUGCCUGGCGAGCCAUAGCUCUGGAGAUUGGAUCUUCAGGUGAGAAAUCAACAAUGGUGGACUAAGUACCCA